AUGCCGAUGACGAAGAAAACGCCCAAUUGCGGUAGCAUCUUGCGCGCAGUGAAAGGCCUCUCGACGUGCUCAUAUACCUCUGAAGCGUUCUCAGAGUUACAAGGUAAGGUACAGGAUGCCAUUGACCGCCUGAACCUCGAAGAUUGGGUUACCGAGCUGGACGGGCAAGAUCUUCUACCUGUUAGGGAUGUUGCGAGUAAGAGGAGGGGGGAUAAGCGGAUGAAGGAGGAAAACUUCAUGGAAGGACAUAUGAUGGUUCACGAGAUCAGAAUAUAG